UUAUUUUGAGUGUCAUGAAGAGCUUGUAUGACUUGGGGAAAAUGCAUAACAGUCAUGUUACUUUUAAGAAACUUUUCCAAUUGGCGUUAUUCUGGCAGGCCUGCCUGUGACGAACCAACUGGCCUUCAGUUGCCUAUACAUUCCUUCACAAUCUUGAUGAUGGCGCCCACAUCGGAGCCACUUUGUGACCGUGAAACCUGUCCACAGCAGAUCGUCUCUCUCUUAUCACUUUGUUUGCACAACAAGGUAUGGGGUGUAACUUGAAGCUCUCCUGUGUCUUUAGCUCAUGUCAAAUUAGAAUACCAGUGUUUAUGCUCAUUGGCUACUGAAGAAGUGGCAGUUUAUGCUCAUUGGUCCCUGGAGAUGUGUUUCCAUGCCUUAAAAUGAGCCAAUGGGCAACGCUUUUCGAUUUGUCACACCAGAUGCUCACCCACGUGCACAAGUCUGUGUGAAUAAAGUCAAUGAACUGUUGAGUAAAGACCGUAGUCUGACAGCGAGCUACUGAGGACGUAUGAUUUCAUUGACAGUUUGGUGUCUCAAACGGGUUCCCAGGAUCUGGAACAACGGGAGAGACUCAACAACCCAAGACAGCAGGUUGCACUGAAUGUGUCCUGGACAAGGUUGCUCGUCCAUCAGUUGCAUCCUCAUGGAGAAAACCUCUUUAAAGAAAUGUAUUUUUCUAUCAUUAAUAUUUUUUGUAGUGACAGGGAUAAACUUUACAAACUAUCCUACUACGAAAUGGCAUUUUUGGAGAAGUAAGUUGCAUCCAUCCACCCUUCAUCCCACAGCUGAUCUGAGUCAUCACUCUGCAGCAAACUUGACUGAGCAAAAUAUAACGCCGAUUAAGGACACAAAGCAUUUCCUGGUCUCUGCCUACAAAGAUCACAGGAUUGAUGGAACCAUUCGUAUCAUUACCAUAUUUAGGAGGGAUGAUGUCAGAAGACUUUAUUGCAUCAUUGGUUGUGCUCAACAAGGAUAUUUAGUUACAGCAGCAGAGAUCGACAUACACAGUGAUCAUUUUGGGUUCCCUUACCAGACCACAGACCUGCUGUGUAAAACUGAACCAAAGUGUGAUCCUACAAAUGUCACUAUCAGUAAUUUUCUGUACAGCUUAGACAUUCCAGAUAUGAUCUUCCUUCCCAUACAAAACAGAGAAAGGAAAGAGCACAACUUCAAACACAAUUUCACUGUCUGCAUCUCCAACCUCUUUGGAACUUAUAACAAUGUACUGCAGUUUGUGCAGACCAUAGAAGUGUACAAGCUCCUGGGCAUAGAGAAAGUGGUCAUCUAUAACACCAGCUGUGGUCCAGACCUCGAUAAGGUUCUGCAGUACUACAGGGAGGAGGGUACACUUGAAAUCCACCAAUGGCCAAUAGAUCAGUUCCUCAAUCCCUCCAAAGGCUGGAAAUUCCAAAGGGACAAAGGUGACCUCCAUUACUAUGGGCAGUUAACUACUCUGAACGACUGUAUCUACAGAAACAUGUACAGAUCCAAGUAUCUUCUGCUGAACGACAUUGAUGAAAUAAUUAUGCCUUAUCAGCACGCUACACUGGAGCAUCUCCUGGAGGACCUGCAAAGGCAAAACCCCACAGUAGGAGUCUUUAUAAUCCAGAAUCGUUUCUUCCCUAAAACCGUUUUUGGUGAUGAGGGCAGGUUCAGUUUCCCACGAUGGAAAAUAGUUCCAGGAGUAAACAUUUUGGAACACAUCUACCGGGAACCUGUCAAGAAAGAUGUUUACAACCCCAGCAAGAUAAUCAUGAACCCAAGGCAAGUAGUGCAGACAUCAGUGCAUUCAGUGCUGAAGAAUUACGGAGACACAUUGAGAGUUCCACCUGAUGUGUGCAGCGUUGUGCAUGUCAAAGAUCGGCUGCAAAGGCGUCUCAGCAAAGAACAACUGAUUGUGGAUAAAAAGCUAUGGGAGUAUCAGAAGGACCUUGUGCCAAAUGUUGACCAUGUGUUAAAUACAUUAGGGAUCUAUGAGAGAAUCAUUAAGUAUGCAUACCAAAAGGAUACGCCCCUGCAAGAAACCAGCCAGCUGAUCAAAGUUGGCAAGCCUUAGCUCUACAUAUGUUUUUAAUAAGUUAAUUGUAUUUAUGUUUGAAUA